AUGGAACCAGGGAAUGCCACAAGAGUUUCACAAUAUCAUUUGCUGGGAUUUUCCGUGGAGCCGGAGCUGCAGCCCCUCAUCUCUGGACUUUUCCUGUCCAUGUAUCUGAUCAACGUGUUUGGGAACCUGCUCCUCAUCCUGGCCGUCAGCUCGGACCCCCACCUCCACACGCCCAUGUACUUCUUCCUGGCCAACCUGUCCUUUGUGGACAUCUGUAUCACCUCCACCAUCAUCCCCAAGAUGCUACAGAAUAUUCAGACACACAGCAAGGCCAUCAGCUAUGAGGGCUGCAUCAUGCAGAUUUACUUCUUCAUACUUUUCGGAGGCCUGGACAUCUUCCUCCUGACGGUCAUGGCCUAUGACCGCUACGUGGCCAUCUGCCACCCCCUGCACUACACGGUCAUCAUGAACCCCCGACUGUGUGGGCUGCUGGUCCUGGUGUGCUGGGUCAUCAGUGCCCUGCAGUCUCUGUUACAAAGCUUAAUGUUGUUACGUCUGUCCUUUGGUGCCGAUGUGGAAAUCCCUCACUUCUUCUGUGAGCUCCAUCAAAUCCUCCAGCUUGCCUGUUCUGAUACUUUCCUUAAUACCUUGGUCAUGUAUUUGGCAGCUGUCCCACUGGGUGCCGGGUCCUUUGCUUGUAUCAUUUACUCCUACUCAAAGAUCGUUUCAUCCGUGCAGAGAAUCUCCUCAGCUCAGGGGAAGUACAAAGCGUUUUCCACCUGCGUGUCUCACCUCUCCGUGGUCUCUGUGUUUUAUUCGACGCUCCUAGGCGUGUACCUGAGCUCAGCCGUGACCCAGAGAUCUCACUCCAGUGCCGUCGCCUCGGUGAUGUACACAGUGGUCACUCCCAUGCUGAACCCCUUCAUCUACAGCCUCAGGAACAAGGACAUCAAGAGGGCUGUGGUGGAGUUAUUUUUCAAGAAAUCUAUAAAAGGCUCAAUUGUCCUGGGGUUGAAAAAAUGCCCUAAUCGUGUUAUUGAGAACCUCAAAGCAUGA